CCCCCUCGGCAGGCAGUGGGAACAGGGACAGCGCCAGCAGCCGCGGCCCGGGGGCACAGCAGGAGAGCCCCGCCUGGCAGGAGAGCCUCGGAGGUUUGCCUGGAUCCAGGGAGAGGGUCCCAGUUUAUCAGGACAGCUCUUUGCCAAACUGCUGAUCCAAAAUCAGUCUUUUGAGUGGGAUUAUCCCAAAUCCUGCUGGAUCCAGACUCGCCGGGACUGAUGGACGUUUCCGACAGCCCGGAGCCAAACCCCUGCUCUCCUGAGGAAGAGGACCAGCAGCUUUCUGAUGAGGAGGUCCUGAAGGAGAGCGGCUCAGAGCGGGAACUCGAUGGGGAGGGUGGCCAGGGGAGCCUCCUGGGCGAGGAGGAGGAGGCAGGCAGGGCCCUGAGCCGGGGGGAGGAGGAGAACCACUCCGACGAGGAGGAUCGGCUGAGCGAGACCAAGUCGCAGGAAUCUGACACCAACGAGCAGGGCGUGGAGCUGAAGAGCCCCCAGCCCCACAAGGGGGAGGAGGAAGACAGGACAAACGACCUGGAAGUGUCCUCUGUCACCAGGGAGCUGGAUGAGCACGAGCUGGACUAUGAUGAGGAGGUUCCUGAGGAACCCAGUGCUGCUGCUGCAGAGGAGGACGGGGAGAAAGCUGCUGGGGAGGAUGAUGAGGAAGAGGAGAAAGGAGAUGAUGCCCCUGAAGAUGAGAAGAAAUCCAGCAGCAAAAGUGAUGAUGAGAAGGAUGGGCAGGAUCCCCUCAAGGAGAAGAAGAAAGAAGAGGAUGAUGGGGAAAUUGAUGAUGGAGAAAUCGAUGAUGAUGACUUGGAAGAAGGGGAAGUGAAAGACCCCAACGACAGGAAGGUGAGGCCACGGCCCACCUGCCGCUUCUUCAUGAAAGGGCACUGCACCUGGGGCAUGAACUGUCGCUUCAUCCACCCCGGAGUGAACGACAAGGGGAAUUACUCCUUGAUCUCCAAACCUGAGCCCUUCUCCCCCAACGGUGCCCCUCCCAUGGGCCCUCACCCGCUGAUGCCAGCCAACCCCUGGGGAGGCCCAGUGGUUGAUGAAAUCUUACCUCCACCUCCUCCUGACCCUCCAACAGAAAGUGCCUGGGAGAGGGGACUCCGGCAUGCUAAAGAGGUAAAUUCCUUCCUCAGGGAAUUGGAGGUGGACAUCAAAGAAAACAUUAACUAUGGGCUUGAUCCCUAUGCAGAUCCCUAUUAUGACUAUGAAAUAGAGCGCUUCUGGCGUGGUGGGCAGUAUGAGAAUUUCAGGGUUCAGUACACAGACCCCGACCCCUACCGUAACUACAGAGAAAGAGAGCGAGAACGGGAGCGGGAGAGAGAGAGCAGACAGCGGGAGCGGGAACGGGAGCGGGAGCGCGAGCGGGAGCGCGAGCGGCGGCAGCGGGAGCGCGAGCGGGAGCGGGAACGGGAGCGCGACAAGGAGCGGCAGCGGCGGAAGGAAGAGUGGGAACGGGAGCGGGAACGAGUGAAGAGGGACGAGAAGGACAGGCAGCACAGGGACCGCGACAGGGACCGCGACAGGGAGCGGGAGCGCGACAAGGACAAGGACAAGGCAAAGCCGCGGUCCCCGCUGCUGCCCAGCCGGCAGCCCGAGGCCCCGAAGAAGGACAAGGACGCCGCGUUGCUGGGCAGCGCCCCGUCCAAGCGGGCAGACGAGUGGAAGGACCCGUGGCGCCGGUCCAAGUCCCCCAAGAAGAAGCUGGGCGUGUCCGUGUCCCCCAGCCGCGCGCGCCGGCGCCGCAAAGCCUCCGCCUCGUCCGCCUCCGGCUCGGGCUCCUCCAGGUCCUCUUCUCGUUCAUCCACCUACUCUGGGUCCGGCUCCUCGCGCUCCAGGUCCUCCUCCUACAGCUCCUACUCCAGUCGCUCCUCCAGGCACAGCUCUUUCUCAGGCAGCAGGUCCAGGUCAAGGUCCUUCUCAUCUUCUCCCUCUCCUUCUCCAACACCAUCUCCUCACAAGCCACUGGCCAAGGCUAAAGGGGAAUUAUUGCCACCUCCUGGGAAAGGGGAGAAAUCUGUGAAGAAACUCACUGCCCUCCCAGUCCCUCAGCCCCUCACGAAAAUUACAGCAGCAGCCCCGGAGGCAGCCAAGGCAGGGGAUAAUCGGGAAGCAAGGAGGAAGGAACGGCAGACAAGGACUCCACCCAGGAGGAGGACCAUCAGUGGCAGCAUCAGUGGCAGUGCCAGCAGCUACAGCGGCUCCAGCUCCCGAUCGAGGUCCUUGUCCCGGUCUCUCUCCAGAUCUCAUUCCAGAUCAUCCUCUGCCUCAGUCUCCCACUCUCCCUCUGGCUCAAGGAAAUCCAGGUCCCUGAGCGUGAGCAGCGUCUCCUCCGUGUCCAGUGCCUCGUCCAGCAGCAGCUCCGUGCGCAGCGCCGACUCCGAGGACAUGUACGCGGACCUGGCCAGCCCCGUGUCCUCGGCCAGCUCCCGCUCCCCCACCCCGGCCCAGCAGAAGAAAGGAAAGUCAAAAAAAGAAGACAGUGCUAAAGAGGAGAAGAGGAAACGGGAUGUGCCUGCUCAGCUCCUGAAAUCAGCCAAGCCCACCCCGGGAAGCAAAUCCCAGCAGCUGCCCCAGGGCCAGCAGCCCUCGGCCCCCCAGGCACAGCAGGGCAGCUUCAGCGGGCACAAGGAGAUCAAACUGACGCUCCUGAACAAGGCAGCUGACAAAGGAAGCAGGAAGAGAUAUGAGCCAGCAGACAAAGAGAGGCCAAGCUCUCCUCCAGCCAAACGGGCCAACCUGUCACCUGACAGAGGCUCUCGCGAUAGGAAGGCGACCGGGAGACUCUCGUCCCCCAAGCAGGAGCGGCAGCGGGGCCAGAACCCAAAACCUUCCCCUGCACAGGCAGACAGGAAGCGCCAGCUGUCCCCUCAGUCCAAGAGCUCCAGCAAAGUCACCAGCGUGCCGGGCAAGGGCGCGGAGCCGGGCGCUGCCGCCGCCAAGGGCGGCAAGUCCAGCACGCUGUCGCGGCGCGAGGAGCUCCUGAAGCAGCUCAAGGCCGUGGAGGACGCCAUCGCCCGCAAACGCGCCAAGAUCCCGGGAAAAGUAUAGUGGGGCCACGGCCCGCAGUGACUGCUGGUGUUUUUAUCGUAAAGAGCGGGAAUUGCGGCCGCUUUGGGGUUUUGCAGUUCCUCCUCUUCGUUUUGGCCGCGGUUCUUUUUAA